CAGGGGGCAGGGUCGGGGUGCGAGCUCCGAGCUGCGCGCAAUCCAGGCGCGGGGCAACCACAGCGCUCAGCUGUAACCUGUGCCCUACAUGGGAGGCCCUGAGUCUGGCACCCAGCCAUGUGCAACCCUGAGGAGGCAGCCCUGCUGAGGCUGGAGGAGGUCUUCUCAGCCACCCUCGCCCGUGUCAACAGCUGUGUCCUCCAGCCCCUGCUCCCAGCCGCCCCAGAGCCCUCGGAUCCCUGGGGCAGAGAGUGCCUGCGGCUCUUGCAACAGCUGCACAAGAGCUCCCAGCAGCUCUGGGAGGUGACGGAGGAAAGUCUGCACUCACUGCAGGAGAGGCUGCGCCACCCGGACUCCACCGGUCUGGAGUCCCUGCUGCUGCUGCGAGGUGCUGACCGUGUACUGCAGGCCCACAUAGAGUACAUCGAAUCCUACACAAGCUGCAUGGUGGUGCAGGCCUUCCAGAAGGCAGCAAAGAGGAGAAGCGAGUAUUGGCGGGGCCAGCGGAAGGCGCUGCGGCAGCUGUUGUCAGGUGUGAGCUCAGAGGGCUCGGUGGGCUCGUCGCUGGGCCAGGCCCUCCACCAGCCACUCACCCAUCAUGUGCAACAGUACGUGCUCCUCCUGCUGAGCCUCGGGGACACCAUUGGGGAGCAUCACCCAACCCAGGAGCUGGUGGUGAACGCAGUCACCCUCUUUGGGAACCUGCAGUCCUUCAUGAAGCAGGCUUUGGACCAGGCUGCAGCCACGCAGGCUCUCUGGCACACCCUGAGAGGCCGGCCAAGGGAUGUGCUCUGCACCCCUGCUCACAGACUCCUUCAGGACAGCCAGGACGUCCCCGUGACGGUCGCACCGCUGCGGGCUGAGCGUGUGCUGCUCUUUGAUGAUGCCCUCGUCCUGCUGCAGGGCCACAACGUCCACACCUUUGAUCUGAAGCUGGUGUGGGUGGAUCCUGAGCAGGACGGGUGCACAUUUCACCUCCUCACGCCUGAAGAAGAGUUCUCCUUUUGUGCCAAGGACUCCCAGGGCCAGGCAGUCUGGCAGUGGAAGGUGACCCAGGCCGUUCGCCAGGUCCUGCGUGGGAAGAAGGACUUCCCCGUGCUGGGGGCUGGCCUGGAGCCCUCCCAGCCUCCCGCCUGCCGCUGCGCGGAAUAUACCUUCCGCGCAGAGGGCCGGCUUUGCCAGGCCACCUAUGAGGGCGAGUGGUGCAGGGCCCGGCCCCACGGCAAGGGAACCCUGAAAUGGCCGGAUGGGCGGAAUCACGUGGGGAAUUUCUGCCAGGGCCUGGAGCAUGGCUUCGGCAUCCGCCUGCUGCCCCAGGCCUCUGAGGACAGGUUCGACUGUUACAAGUGCCACUGGCGAGAAGGCAGCAUGUGCGGCUACGGCAUCUGUGAGUACAGCACCGAUGAGGUGUACAAGGGCUACUUCCAUGAGGGCCUGCGGCACGGAUUUGGGGUCCUUGAGAGUGGUCCACAGGCCCCCCAGCCCUUCAGGUACACAGGCCACUGGGAGAGGGGCCAGAGGAGCGGCUAUGGCAUCGAGGAGGAUAGUGACAGAGGCGAGCGCUACAUCGGCAUGUGGCAGGCUGGUCAGCGCCAUGGCCCAGGGGUCGUGGUCACCCAGGCAGGUGUCUGCUACCAGGGCACCUUCCAGGCGGACAAGACGGUGGGUCCAGGCAUCCUCCUCUCUGAAGACGACUCCCUGUAUGAGGGCACCUUCACCAGGGACCUGACCCUCAUGGGGAAGGGCAAGGUCACCUUCCCCAAUGGCUUCACCUUGGAGGGCUCGUUUGGCAGUGGGGCAGGGAGAGGACUGCACACACAGGGUGUGCUGGACACAGCUGCCCUCCCACCGGACCCGAGCAACACCUGCAAGAGGCAGCUGGGCGUGGGUGCCUUCCCUGUGGAAAGCCGCUGGCAGGGAGUCUACAGGCCCUUCCGGGACUUUGUGUGUGCUGGCUGCCCCAGGGACCUGCAGGAGGCCCUGCUGGGCUUUGACGUGCAGAGCUCCAGGGAGCUGCGCAGGUCUCAGGAUUACCUGUGCUGCGAGAGGACCCACCCCGAGGACAGUGUGGGCAGUAUGGAAGACAUCCUGGAGGAGCUGCUACAGCACCGGGAACCCAAGGCCCUGCAGCCGUACCUCAGGAAGGCUCUGAGCAACUCACUGCACCCUCUGGGAAAGCUGCUCCGGACACUGAUGCUAACCUUCCAGGCUACCUAUGCGGGUGUCGGGGCCAACAAGCACCUGCAGGAGCUGGCCCAGGAGGAGGUGAAGCAGCAUGCCCGCGAACUCUGGGCUGCCUACAGGGGUCUGCUUCGAGUUGCCUUACAGCGCAAGGGCCAGGCCCUGGAGGAAGAUGAAGACACAGAGACAAGAGACCUCCAGGUACAUGGAUUGGUGCUGCCCCUCAUGCUGCCCAGCUUCUACUCAGAGCUCUUCACGCUCUACCUGCUGCUUCAUGAGCGGGAGGACAGCUUCUACAGCCAGGGCAUCGCCAACCUGAGCCUCUUUCCUGAUACCCAACUGCUCGAGUUCCUGGAUGUGCAGAAGCACCUGUGGCCCCUCAAGGACCUCACGCUGACGAGCAAUCAGAGGUACUCCCUGGUCAGGGACAAGUGUUUCCUGUCAGCCACCGAGUGCCUGCAGAAGAUCAUGACCACGGUGGACCCACGGGAGAAGCUGGAGGUGCUGGAGAGGACAUACGGGGAAAUUGAGGGCACGGUGUCGCGGGUGCUGGGCCGGGAGUACAAGCUGCCCAUGGACGACCUGCUGCCGCUUCUCAUCUAUGUGGUGUCGCGCGCCCGAAUUCAGCACCUGGGAGCCGAGAUCCACCUGAUCCGUGACAUGAUGGACCCCAACCACACAGGAGGCCUGUAUGACUUCCUGCUCACGGCCUUGGAGUCCUGUUACGAGCACAUCCAGAAAGAAGACAUGAGGCUGCACCGCUUACCUGGCCACUGGCACUCCAGGGAGCUCUGGUAGCUUGGCCUUUCCUGGACAGACUGCAGAGCUGAGCAGGGCAUUGCUGGCCUGUCCCUCAUUACCCAAGGCAAAGGGCAGGACAGACCCUUGGAAGCAGCUCUUUUGUUUUGCUUUUUGUUUUGCACAGGAAGAUGCUGCUGCUGCCCUGAUUGGGAUGAGGGUGAGGGGUGACGGGUGUGGCCCUGGACGUGGUGGUUUUCCCUUGGCCACUAGCCCAUCUCCAAUGACCCCUUAAUCUGCAGCAGCUCACAGGCUGGGGGUGAGGAGCUCCUGACUUCUCUUAGCCUGAGCCUUUCUCCCAAGUUGCAGAGCCUCUCUGGGCCUCAGUGCUGCCAUCUGUAAAUGGUGGAGUGAGUACGCUGUAAAGGACCUUCCAUCCAUUUUGCUGAAUUCCAGAGUCCUUUCGGAAGACUGACUUCAGUCUGCUGGGCUGUCCUGACCUCUGGCAGGCUCUAAGCCUCGCUGGGUAUGCAGUCAAUAGGGUGGGCCUGGAGGUCCGUGAACUGCAGGCCGUGUACCCAUGACAUAAACGGUGGCACUGGAGCAAGCUGGGGCAGGGGGUGGGCAAACCCUCACUGCCAGCACACCCCAAGUGGCCUGUGAAUCAUUCACCUGUGACCUCUGUGGGCCUGCGGGGGGACAGCAGGAGCACAUGACAUCUGCCUGGGCCCUGACCAAUAAACCCUCAGACCCUGCUGUGGUUGGGGAGCAGGGGUACCUUUGGGAGGGGAGGACUUUAUUUAAACAGCGGUUCUAGUGUGGGAACAAGAGAGGCAGCAGCUGGAUCUUGGGGCACCUUCAUUCCUGUUGGGCCUCAGUUUCUCUUCCCCACAUUGAGGGACUUGUGCCGGGUGACAUGCAGGGUCUCCCUCUGCCCUAACAGGAUGUGCAUGAUGACAGGCAGUGUGAUGUGUUCUGAAAGGGUCCACGGCAAAGCACAGGGAGAGGGUGGAUUUGUGUAGGGUGCAGCUCUGGAGAAGAAGCUGGAUCACUCCUGGUCCCACUCUCUAGGCCCUGAGCAAGUCAGGCUCCUGGCUCUGGUUGUGGCUCCCCCAGAUGAAGUACUGACCUCAGCCUAUGAGGGGAGGGUUGAGGGAGGCUCUGGAAAGUCCAGCCACACCUGAGUCCCCAACAGUAGCCUUGGGGCAGAGGGCACCCACAGAAUCCCAGAGAUGAUGUGAGAAGUGGGCAGAGAGAGCCUGGUGCCUCUGUUUGCCACCACCUCCCCAGGAAGGAGGGAGAGCCUUUCUCUGGCUGAUUCCACUAAAUGUGCCAGCCCAAAUGCAGGGCACGGGCUCUGGUUCUGCCAGGAGCCUGCAGCACCCCCAGGAAGGGGAUGGAACUGCAGAAGAGCGAGGACAUACAGGGUGCACAGGCACUCAUGCUUACUGGGACUGGGCAGCUCACUAGGAUUCUAUCCUUUCCAACCGGCAUCAGCCAGCUCUUGUCCCCUGACAAGUGAGGACAGCCUGACCCUGCCCUCAAAUGCAGCCCGCCCUGAGUUCACGCGAUGCUGAUGGAACCCCAGCGUACUUCCCUGCCUCCUUUGAGAUUUGUGAGCCCUUGCUGCAGUUCAGAUUCAACAAGGCCCUCUGCCCACCCUCUCACUAGGCCUCACCCAACACCGGUGGAACUGGAGCCUCUGGCUGGGCACAGUGGCUCACUUUGGGAGGCUGAGGCAGGAAGAUUGCUGGAACCUGAGAGUUCAAGACCAGCCUGGGCAAUAUAGUGAGACCCUGUCCUACAAAAAUAAAAUAAAAUAAUUAGCUGGG